AGUAAACCGCUGUGUUUUUUGUCAAGCGAGUGAAAGACUAGUGAAACGUUUUUUGCGAUCUGAGCCGAGAUUCAAUCAAGAAUAAGAGAAAAUCUCGUUUAAAUACUAAUAUUUUAUCGUAACUUUUCCUCAUUCAAUUUGAAACAUAAAGUACGACAAAUGCCACGACCUGCUCGGCCUAAACUGUGGGCUUUACUACUUUAUGCUCCUUUUUUUCUUAUUCGUUCCUGCGACGGUCACGGAAGGCUGAUUGAACCGCCAAGCAGGGCAUCGGCGUGGCGCUAUGGAUUCCAAACGCCGCCAGACUACAAUGACCAUGAACUUUAUUGCGGCGGGUUUACACGACAAUGGAAGCGAAAUGGCGGAAAGUGCGGUGAAUGUGGAGAUGCGUGGGACAUGCCAGAGCCACGGCCUCAUGAAAACGGUGGUCAGUGGGGGCAAGGCGUGAUUGUACGAAGUUAUUUGCCAGCAUCCGAGAUGACAAUUCGGGUGGAAUUAACUGCCAGCCACAUGGGGUAUUUUGAGUUUCGGUUAUGUGAUGAUCCGGGUGCUAAGCAGACAUGCCUAGAUAAAAAUAUCCUUCAUAUACUUGGUGGAUCUCCCGCGCAGCCAAGUCAAGCAGACAUGGACACCCGCUUCUAUCCUCGAAAUGGAAGUCGCAUAUACGAAAUCAAAGCGCGCUUACCUGAAUUGACAUGUAAUCAAUGCGUUCUGCAGUGGCGCUACGUUGCUGGGAAUAAUUGGGGCAUGUGCAACGAUGGCAAUGGUGCAGUUGGUUGCGGUCCCCAGGAGGAAUUUCGUUCGUGUUCAGAUAUCGCUAUAACCCUGGAUGCACGACCUCCUAUGCGGCCUAUUCGACCAGUACACCCAACACCUACACGAUCUAGCACGAAGCGACCGACGACUGAUGAAUAUGAUUCAGAAGAAACUGCAUUUAAUUAUUCCCUUUUAUUAGUGCUAGUAGUUACUCUGGGCGUAGUAGCUUGUGCCUUUGCCAUUUGGUACUUUUAUAGACGAAACAUUUGUAAUUUCAAGGAGUGUAGGAACUCUUUUUCGCAGAACUUUAGAAAUAAUACCAAAAAUAACGCGUCUUUGGAAAACGCUGUCCACAACAGAAUCUUCAAACCUCUUGAAUCGCUUGGUUUUGGGGCUAAGGUUGCCAACAGUUCCAAAGGUGUAGAUGUGGACAAUCCUCCCGUUCCCCCUCCCCGGACCAAACGAGACGGAAGGAUACGGGAAUUGUCAGCCAAUGCUUCAAGCGUAGCCUAGACCCCCUAGGAAUUUCCCUUAAUUGAGCAAGUAAUUGGUUUCCCAACCCCUUUACCACCACCUUUUUAUGUUCAAUCACUAGCUCAAGACAAGAUCUAAUAUCUAGUAUUUAUUAUCCUAAGAUUUUCCUUUAGACUGCUUUAGAAUGCUUUUAAAUAGAACUAAGCAGACAAUGGUCCCCUCUCAUUAUUAUUUACAAUCAUAUGUGCAUAUGUAUGCACAUACAUACACAUGUACAUAUAUACAUAUAUGCAUGACAUUACGCAAUGCAAAUAAUCGUAUAACAAUACGUAUGUUAUUUAUACUUGUAUUCUGCAUUCUGUUUAUUCUUUUCGUUAUACACAUUCUACCAAUGACUGCCGUAGUUAGCAUCUUGCAUAAAGCGAUAGCUGUGCCUGCUAAAAUAAAUACAUAUAUGUAUACAGACUUGUAAAUUAUAGAUAUAUGUAUACAUAUGUAUAUGUUUACAUACAUAUACGUACAUACAUUUACACUUUGCAACAAUUUUCACUGCCAGAAAUACAUAAUUACAUCAAAAGAGUGUUUAGUGUAAAUUAUGUAUAUGCUUUGGACAUACGAUUAUGUGAUAGAAAUAAGUAAAGAAAUGCUUCAUACAUACGUAUAUAAAUAAAUGCGAGUAUGUAUAUACAACGUAUAUAUACAUACAUAUGUACCUACAUAAGUAUAUUGAAAAUAAUGUCCCGUCUUUAUACUCUUCAGGCAUCUCCGCAACAUCAUAAGCUACAUAUGUAUGUAUGUACUUGAUACACAAUAAGUCGGUUCCAGUUAGCCCCCCACCCACACCCCACUCUUUCUGUUUGUUCCUCUUGGAUUCGUUGCACCUCUACGGGAAUCAACUAUACAUGUCUAUAUUUAUACAUAUGUACAAUGUACAUAUACUCACGUAUGAGUUCUUGUCGGUUGAUGUGUUCUUUAUCUUUAUCAAAUCUGCCAUUAAUGAUCCAUUACGUCGAAUUAAUCCAAUGAAACACUAUCACUUGAUUGCUUUUGUCACAGACUUGUAAAUAUGUAUUUAGAUGUACAUAUGUACAUAUUAGGCUGGGCCAAACAUUUUUUUUUUCGAAAUUCAA